GCGGCAUGAGAGCGCGUGGGGAAAAGCAGCAGCGCGGACGAGGCGCGGCCGCAGAGCGGACGAGGACGCGGCACGAACGGCAGCACCACGGGCGUACGAGGCGCGCGAACGCAGCGGAGUCGGGCACGCGAAGGGAUCCGCUCCGCCCUGUGCAGCAGCAGCAGCAGCAACAGCAGCAGCGGCAACAGCAGCAGCAGCAGCAGCAGGAGGAGGAGGAGCAGGAGGAGACGCGCGCAACGAGGAUGAUGCAGCGACCCUUGGGCGCCGCUUUCAGCAUCGACGCCCUGAUCGGCAACUCGCCGCCGCCGCAGCCGCACAGCGCCCGACCCUUCCUGUACGCGGGUUACCCGGUCUUCCUGCCCUACCGGCCCGUGGUCAUCCCCACCCCAGCGCUGCCCCACACCGCAACGCUGCCCGCCGUGCCCACGCUCAACCCGCUGCCGCUGCCCAACAGCUUCUAUGCGUCGCUGCCGCAGGGCCUGCCCACUGUGAGCUCGCUGCCCACGCUGCCCGGCGGGGAGGAGUGCGCCAAGGGCUUCUCGGACGAGCUGCACGGCACGAAGCUGCCCCUGCAGCUGCAGGGUCACCGGUUCGGCCUCGAUGUGCGGCGUGACGUGGGGGACGGGGAGCGGAUACCGACGCCUGGUCGGGACCGCCACUCCGCGUUCCUGUGCCGGGACUCGAGGCUCGACUCCAUCGUGAACGUGAACUCUGACGAUGACUCGGUGGACCCGGGCUGCGGGGAUCGGCGGGGCAAAGACGACUCGUCCUGCGGCGACAGCGACCCAGAGUUCAGCGCAGCCGAGGACCACGCGACCCCGCUCGGCUACGCGCGACCCGACAGCCGCGCAACGUCGCCCUCCGACUGCGGGGGCGACCUCCUGCAGCAGCGGCGGGACGCGCUCAAGGCAGCCGCCGUCGCUGGGCUAUCGGGGGCCGUGGGGACGGGACCGCCGGGUUCCGGGGGGCUCGGAUCCGGGGGUCUCUCGACCGGAGCCGCCGGAGUCGCGGGCAAGAGCCGGCGGCGUCGCACGGCGUUCACGAGCGAGCAGCUGCUGGAGCUGGAGAAGGAGUUCCACUGCAAGAAGUACCUGUCGCUCACGGAGCGCUCGCACAUCGCGCACGCUCUGCGUCUCAGCGAGGUGCAGGUGAAGAUCUGGUUCCAGAACCGGCGCGCCAAGUGGAAGCGCGUCAAGGCGGGGAACGUGAGCGCGCGAGCCGGAGAGCCGGCGCGCAACCCCAAGCUCGUGGUGCCCAUUCCCGUGCACGUGACACGCUUCGCGGUGCGCGGGCAGCACCAGGCCGGGGAUCACGGGGUCCGGCCGUGACGGCCUGGCAGGGUCCGGCGAGAGGGGGAGAGAGGAGGCGGAAGGGGUGGUAGGGGUUGGCCGGAUUUCCCCGGGGACACGAUUUUCUACCAGAGUUGUUGUUGUUGUUACUAGCGUGAUGGUGAUGAUGAUCGACCCCCUCAACAUCACGAUUGCUACUGCCACCCAUUAUUAUCGCUGCCACUGUCAUUGUAUUCACGACCACAAUCACCACCGCUCUCAUCAUUCCCAUCGCAUUUGUAUGACCGUCGUUAUAACUAUCAUCACGACCAAAGUCAUCAUUAUCCUCAUCGUUACACAUACUAACAAUGCCGUCAUCACUAUCACUCUCACCGCCAUCGUAAUCGCAAUCGCUACGAUCACCGCCACCAACACGGCAACUAAGCACUUGCCCUUACAACCCUUGCCACGACUAUCACAAUCAUUGCCAUCACUACCAUCAUCAUAAAUGGAAGUGCUACCAUUUGCAAGAAAACUACAUCCUCCACUCCCAACUACCAAAAUCCUCACCAUCAUCACCAACACUACUCACACAUCCCUGUCACCCACCGUGAUCUGCGCUACAUUUCCACCCUCAACGCCACCAACACCACCACCACCAUCAUCACUACCACCGCAAUCAUAUCCAUCGCCACAACUCGCACAAACGCCAACGUAACCACAGUCAUCCUCGCCACUGUCAACGCAUCAGCCGUCGCCAGGUACCAACCUCGCCAUCAUUACCACAACCACCACCACCACCACCGCGAGCAGCAGCAGCAGCAGCAGCAGAGCGAUGAGCAACCAACAGUCAGCGCUGAAGGAAGAGUGCGACUCGUAGGGACGGAUCGACCUUUCCCGUCUGCAUGGCCGAGUGAGGUGUUUUCUGGGUUUGUCAUAGAUUUGCAUUGAGAGUACUGUGUUAAUAACAUGAGCACAGCGGUGUGAACAAUAAUCGAUACAACAACAGCAGCGGCAGCAACAGGAGGUCGUCACGUGAAGUCAAAGAUGACCACCGGUGCCCACAGGGGGGUUUUGUUCUGUUGUUGUUACGAGUAAUCUUGUAUCACGAGUGCUGAAACGUCGCAAGUGAAACGCGAGAAGACAAGAGACAGAACGCGACAAAAUAAAACUUGAAAGUGUAACUAUUGCAUAGCUUCUAACGGUCGUGCUGCUAUGAGAAAGCAGCUUCCCCCCCCUCCCCCCACGUGAUGCGGUUGUUUCGGGUUGUACCGCGUGUUGUUCGGCAAAGGUGUACCGACGUUUCGCACCACUUACGUGCUGGGAAGAAUCAGUUCGUGAACGAGCUAAACUACUGAGUCGAUCAAUCGGCAUCGUGCUCGGCAAGGUGGCAGAGACCUCAGGUGGCGCCUCUGGGCUGACGGAACCAGGGUUGGUGGAACCAGGGUUGGUGGAACCAGGGAUCGUGCACCUGGGCUGGCGGAACCAGGGUUGGUGGAACCGGGGAUUGCGCGUCUGGGCUGGCGGAACCAGAGUUGGUGGAACCGGGGAUCGCGCAUCUGGGCUGGCGGAACCAGGGUUGGUGGAACCGGGGAUCGCGCGUCUGGGCUGGCGGAACCAGGGUUGGUGGAACCGGGGAUCGCGCAUCUGGGCUGGCGGAACCAGGGUUGGUGGAACCGGGGAUUGCGCGUCUGGGCCGGGCGCGUGCGAACAGUGAAGGGCGCGAGUCAAGCACGGGCCACGUGCGAGUUGAUCCGGACCCAUACCGGACAUCUGUGAAGAAGAAAAAAAAAGAGCUUCAUUAGCUCAUCGGAUUCUUCCUGCAGUCUAAAUAAAGAUUCUGAGCGAGCGGACGAACGCCUCUCACCAAUGAAGGAACCUUUGCACUGACCGACUGCUUCUAAACAUUCCGGGCGCUUAAACGAAGCUCCGUGAUUCUCGAGACUCGGCGCGGCAAGGCCAUCAUUGGCCCUUCUUGCUCGUGUGUGCGUGUAUGUAUAUACAUACACACACGCACGCUUAGUAUAUAUACACACACACAAAUAAAACCCCGGGGUGUGUUGUACAUAUACAGUAAUGCUGCUAGGUUAAUUUACAUCUAGCGAAGAGAAAGUGCCGGAGAAGACAUAAUUACGGAUCGAUGUGUGGAUAUGUAGCUGUAAAUGUCCCCACAAUUCCACUCCCUGCCCCCCAAAACCUCCAACUCCCCCCCACCGGGCCCUUACCUCCGUGUUUGUUAUAUUGAUCUCAGACGUCGCCUGCAUGUAAUAGCUGUUUGUAGACUUGUUCAAUAUUAUUAAAUGGUGGCCGCUUUGUGUGCCGUGACGAUAAUCCUCCUCCACGCGACGUUGUCGACGAUCGAUCGCCUAAAGGUUUUUUUUUUUUGUGUAUGCGGUGCGCAACCAAAAAAAAACAAGAAAAAAAGAAACUGCGAUGCGGCCGUGGCCGCGUCCGCGGCCGCGUAACGGGGAGUGGCGGGGGACGAGGAAACCAGCGCCGAUACGGCGUGUUGGUGGGGAGGGGGGAGUGGAGUCUCUUCACGUCGGUCGCGUUAGGACAGCGCGUUGUGUUGAAGACGCGUGCGUCUCGCGUGCGAAACCAGGGGGGGUCGCGUGGGCCGAAUGAAAGCACCAGACGUUCGCCACCGAAGCGACGUUCGACGUCUACACAGCGCGUGUGCCAGGCUAGGUGCACCGUGAGGCGCUUUGCUGCAUGCACAACCACAGACAUGUACCACGCCGCGCUCGCGAACUGAGGGCGCCGCGUAAGGGCCAAUCGCGGCCCGGCGGUGGCGCGCUCGCCACCUGUUGGGGUCUUGGGGACCUUCGCGGUUUUAACCAAGCGGCCGCCCCAGCUCAUUGCUCGCGGGUGGAAUAAAUCGCAACGCGUGCCGUCUGCCUCGCGGCGGGACGUUCAAGGAAGACUUUGCACGGCGUCAUUCGCAAGAGUGGGCCAUUGUUUUUUUUUGCCGUGAAGGUCCAAAUUUGGCAAAAAAAUUCGAAAAGUGACCCCACAAAUUACUCAAUUACCAGGAUUAUACCGAUAAAUAGGAACCCCCUCCCAACUAGAAGACGAAUGCCCCAGGUCACUCUUGAAAAUUAGACUGAUAGUUUAUUGAGUUCUCACCUAUUAAUAGAAAAUAAACUUGAAGCAUAUUUGCAGUAACAUGCACACGCGCAGAUGUAACGCUGCUUAUCGUGUGCAUACGGUACUUGUGUUGUGCAUACGGUACUUGAAGUGAGUAUACAGUACUUGUUGUAUGUAUACAGUACUCGUAUGUAUAAAGUACUUGAAGGAAGGAAGACUCGAUGUGAAAUUAAAAUUACGCUCUUGUGUAGAAUGAUCGCGGCCUAACAACUUCGCGGUGUAUAGAUUGUAUGUAUGUACAUUUCAAGUUGAAAUAAAUUAUGUUUUUUUUUCCCUUCCCGAUAUAAAAAAAACCCGAAAAGUCA